AUGUUUCCACAUUACACAAAUCUCAACACAUCCUACGACAGUCUUCACUCACAAAACGAAUUUAGUAGAAUUGCUUCAUUCAUCGACUAUUCAUUUCUUAAUCAGCAGUCAUUAAUAAAUAGUUCGUUUUCUCCAAAACAAGACUGCAAAUGGCUUCGUGAACAGUCAAGUUUCGGUAUUACGAAUGAUUUUGCUGCAAAACUAAAUGUGUCACUUAUCAGUCAGCAACAUCUCCAAUCGAUGAAUGACUUGUACAAUGAUGAAAACGUAGCACCAUAUGAGGAUACACAUGAUGGUACGCUAUCGGCUGUGUUACCAUCAACCCCAACUGCAACUACACAUCGGAAGAAACGUUCACGACCUUAUCCAGAAGAGAAAAAAGACGAUGAUUACAGAGAAAAACGUCGAAAAAACAAUUUAUCAGCAAAACAUUCUAGAUCUGUAAGACGAUCGAAAGAAAAAUACAUAUUAACACAAGCGACAUUUUUAGAAACAGAAAACUCACAAUUAAAAGCAGAACACGUUUAUUUACGAAGUGAAUUACGACGAGUGAAGUGUUUAUACAGAAUUGAUUAA